CAAAAAGGGGGCUGCUUUGGGAUGUGGUCGGGGGGUAGAAUGUCCGAGGGAGGUUUGAAGCCCAACAAUAGCAGGCAAUUGACAGCUCGGGGGUUAGGAUGUCCGACAUUGUCCGCCAUCAAUGAAUUUGACGGCGCCACAGAUCCACAGCAACCAACUUGUGGCAAACGCAGUCGCUGUAGAGGAUAGAGUGGUGAAUUUUGGUUGCCUGGAUUGGAACUAUAAAAGGGAGACAUCGAGUAUGGUUUCGUGUCCCCAUUCAGAUCCCAAUCCAUCAGCAGUCAGUCAGUCAACUCUAGUCCAAAAUCAUCUUGCCAUUCGAUCUUACUCUACACUGUCUUUUCGACUUGAUUAUAACCAUGACCAUCCGAGCCCUGAACCAGAACAUCCCACCCUGGGCCUUUGCCGCCACCACAGACGAACAGGGCCCAACUCACCCAUUCUCCUCUCCUCAUUCCACUCCCAACCCCUGGGCCUUCCAAUCCGCCCCGAACCAGGUCGGUCGCCCCGGCCACCCCUACCCAUCGCCUUGGGGGGUGCAGCCCCGCGACGGGGACGACACCAACGAGGCCACCCACGAACCCGGUGAGGCCACGGCUCCGCGCAAGCCAUACCCAUACCCCGGGCCGGCAAAGGGCCACCCACCAUACACCUUCCCCGGCGCGCCCGAGGGCCGCAAACCAUAUCCGUUCCCGGGCUACGCGCAGGAGCCACACACCUACCCCGGCCCUCUCCCAUGGCACCAGCCACAUGCCUUCCCAGGCCCGGCGGAAGGCAGAAAGCCCUACCCUUCGCCAUGGGGCGAUGACGACGGAACAAAGCCCAGGCCGUUCCCGCGCAAGCCGUACCCCUACCCGGGACCCGCCGAGGGCCACCAGCCGUACCCGUAUCCGGGUCCCAUUCCCUGGCGCCAGCCCUAUCCGUCCCCAUGGGGCGACGACAACGGUGACGAUGACGAUGAUGACAACAAAUGCAAGUCCGCGUUCCCGCGCCAGCCGUACCAAUUCCCGGGUGCGCAAAGACACGGCGCAGGCGGAUUGCCUUAUCAGCAGCCGUCUGACACGUUCCCCGGCUUCCAGCGAGGCGGACCCCGGGGCCGAGGAUGGGGUGCGAGUGGUUACAGUGCACGCACCGGCUUCGACGCACCCCACCACCCUUGGGGCUUCCCCCUCCUCUCCUCCAAUCAACCACCCUACACGUUCCCCGGAGUCAAAUCUGAUACAUACCAACCCGAUGUGGACGUGUUCGACACCCCCGAGGCGUUCGUGAUCCACGUGCCUCUGCCCGGCGCGAGAAAGGAAGACGUCGAGGUCAGUUGGGACCCCAGGGCUGUGCAGCUUGGUAUUUCGGGGACUAUCGCUCGGCCGGGGUCAGAGGAGCUGCUGAAGACGAUUGCGCUGGAUGAGCGCCGGGUGGGGGCGUUUGAGCGCAAAGUACGACUAGGCGGCCCGGGCAGUGCGCCGAAAGUGGAUGGCGAGGCGAUCUCGGCCAAGUUGGAGGAUGGGGUGCUGGUUGUCGAGGUGCCGAAGACGGAGCCGGAUGAUGUUGAGGUGAAGAAGGUGGUGAUUGAGUGAGGGGGGCUGUGUGGGGAGGAGGCUGCGGGAAGGUGGAUGAAUGGGUUAUUGGGAUAGGGCAGUCGAUAGAUAGUUGGUAGUUAAUGUACUGUACUUUAUUUGUGUCUUCAUCUCGGUCGAUGUAACCUGUAGCUAUCUCUUGUAUUGAGACUCACAUCUUAUACAACCACUGCAAGUUUGAUCUCAGCUAAAAAACGAUCCACAACGAUGUCUCACGCUUGACCGCACUAGAGGGGCAGCAAUAUAUAUAAAAGGUCUUCGCUCUACACAACAGGAGAUAGAUGCGCGCACUGCAC